GAGACAUAAGACCUUUAAUAUGAAAAAAAAACUCAUACAACACAUAAAUCAGAUAGUGUAUCAACAUAUACCUUAAUUUGUAGGAGCAAAGUAACACAAACAUCUUACAAUAUAAUGCACUUUUUUUUUAAAACACCACAAACUAAGUCCUCAAGGUGACCAAGUUGAACUGAAAAAUUAAAAAGAAAGGGAAGAAGAAAAUAAUUAGGAAUUAAAAAAUUUAAUUAAAUUGAGACCCGUGGAAGAGUUUUUUGGUAUGUGUGUUCUCCUUUAAUAUUAUCAUAACAGAUUUUAAAGUUUUAAAAAUGUUACCAAUUUUAAAAAGUCCUUACAAAGUGCUUUGCACUCAGAUCACAUGAAGCUGUAUAGGCCUAAUGAGACAUAUUGAAAAACUGGACAAAUAAAACCAAAACUAUCUGGGAGAAAAUGUGUUCUUUGUAAUUUGGGCGAACUGAUCCUUUAAAGCCUUCACAUGCCUGCAAGAAAAAAUGAGGGCAGAAAUUUGCAUAUACAACGAUGGGCCAUGGGCUGGAAGACACUGCGGAAGGGCUAUUCCUGUAACCUGAUCCUGACCCCGCCCCUUCACAACAACACACCGGUGGAGGCAGCGGAAGCUUCUUCUUCAUCAACAGGCGGAUCAGAGGCGAUCCCACCGCAGAGAUGGCCCAGGCGAACAUCUCGGUGACGGAGAGUCAGUUCAGGUGUCCCGUCUGCCUGGACAUCCUGAAGGACCCUGUGUCCACCCCCUGUGGACACACCUACUGCAUGUCGUGUAUCAACAACUACUGGGACCAGGCGGAUUCGGGCCAGUACAGCUGCCCCCAGUGCCGGGAGACGUUCAGCCCUCGGCCGGUGCUGCGGAGGAACACGGUGCUCGCCGAGGUCGUCGACAAACUCAAGCUGAGCGAGAUGGUCACGGCGCCGGAGCUUUACCUGGGGGGAGUCGGUGAAGUGCCGUGCGACUUCUGCCCGGCGGAGAGCAAGCUGAGGGCGCUCAAGUCGUGCCUGGUUUGCCUGGCGUCCUUCUGCGAGCUCCACGUCCUGCCGCACCGGGAGGUUGGCACGCUGCGGCGGCACAAGCUGGUGUCCGCGGUGGAGUGUUUGGCGGAGCGGCUGUGCGCCCAGCACCGCCUGGGUCUGGAGCCCGCGGGGAGCGGCUCCGAGGUGGAGUGGAGCGGGGACUGCCCGCUGUGCGAGGCGGACCAGGAGGAAGUGCACAAUGUGGACGCCCAGAGAGCCAGGAGACAGCUCCAGCUCCAGGAGUCUCAGAGGAUGGUUCAGGGGAGGACACGGAGUGGAGAGAGAGAGUUGGAGGAGUUUCAACAAAACUUGGAGUCCCUCAAGGUGUCAGCGUCGGCUGUUUUGGAGGACAGCGAAGCUCUGUUUGCAGACAUGGCACUCCGCCUGGAGAAAACCAAGGCAGAGGUUCGAGCCAGGCUGGAGGCGAAGGAGCGAGCGGUGGUUGGGAGGGCCGAACGAGACAUGGAGAUGCUGGAGAAAGACCUGGAGGAGCUGAGGAGGAGAGACGAGGAGAUCAGUCGGCUUCUGCAAACUGAGGACAACGCCCAUUUCAUACAGGCGGCUCCUCUGCUGUGCGUCCCUCUCACCACCAGUCGGCACGCCAGAGCCCUCAAGCUGCCCACAGAGGCUUUCAGCGGCGCCAGGAGAGUGCUGUGCCACCUCCGCACCCGCAUGGAGGAGGUCUGCAGGGAGGAGGUGGACAAGAUCAGCCGCGCAGUUAAUGAGAACUACGUGUCUGGUGGAGAGUGUGUAAAAGGUGGCAGAAAUCUCAGUGCGGAGAACUCCAAACCGCAGCAUAUACAACCAGCACUAUCAGCAGGGCAACAUACCACUGGGGCAGUGCCGGUGUCGUUCCCUCUGUCCUCUUUGUCUCUGCACCCGGCUGAUCAGAGGAUGAGGGCAGUUUUCCUCAGGUUUUCAUGUCGUCUGUCCUUGGACACUGAUACAGCCCACCCUACUCUGGUUCUCCUGGAGGGACCCCAGGGUGCCCACUGUGGCGAGGAGCCCCAAUCCUACCCCCCUCACCCCCAGCGCUUUGAUUCAGUGGCCCAGGUCCUGUGCAGGGAGGGCCAGUUUGGUGGCGCUAACUACUGGGAGGUGGAGUGGAGGGGCGGGGGAUGGGUCGACAUCGGUGUCACCUACCGAGGUAUCGGACGCAAAGGUGGAGGAAAACCUUGCCUGCUGGGGCGCAACGAGAACUCUUGGCGGCUGAGGUGUACACACGCUGGAUAUGCUGCCUGGCAUGACAACCGCAAGACCACGGUGGCUGCACCGCCCUGCCCCAGAAUCGGCGUGUUCCUGGAACGCCAGAAAGGAGCGUUGUCCUUCUACAGCGUGUCAGACACGGUGGUGCUCCUGCACACCUUUCGUUGCCCAUUCUCUCAGCCGCUGUACCCGGCCUUCCGCCUGGACCUAGACUCCACCCUGCUCAUCUGCCCCCAUGAGGGAGGCAAUGGAAACCCAACCUAACCUUGCCCUCCUCCUCUUCCAGGACCCUUCAUUUAAAUACUGCAGGAAAGGGCUGUUCACUCUGCUUAUGAAUAUAAACACUAAAAAAUAUUACUGAAGAGGUUGCUGGGGCAGAAGCAACAACAUCAGGAUGAAGCAUCACAGUCAGGAAUCAAACACUUUUUUUUUCCAUACAUGUCUUUUUGCAUAGUCUCUGUAAGUGUCUCUCUUGACAAAUUUUUAUAAUUUUACAAAACAUUCAAUUGUAAAACACUCUUUUGGAUUGCUGUAUAGCACACACUAUAGUGGAAAUUUUCAUAAUAUGCAUUUUUCACAGUGUACAUUAUGACUUGUCAUAGUAGGAAAAGCACAGGUGUUACUAAUAACAUUAACACUGGCUCUGCUCUAUUUCAAGUGUCCAAGUAAGCCAUGACAGUGUGACAGUGAGCCAGCAUGCAAAAUACGGAAACAGCUAAAUGGAAUUUUCAGCCAUGAUUAAUUGUAUUAUUUCAAAGGCUUUAUUGUCAUAUGCAGAAAUAAACAAGUUAUCAGUGCAAUGAAAUUCUUAGUCCAUUAUGUCUCGACCUGGUGCCGUCAAUUAUUCUAUUUAAAACAUACUAGAAACUAAGUUCAAUAAAUAACCACCUGUGCUUUUCCUACAGUGACAUGUCAAAGUGUCUAUCGUGAAAAAGGCGACUACGACUACUUGAAUACCCACAGCAAGAGAUUUUUCUGUAUCAACUUCACUGCCGUGUGACAUGAGAAACCUCACGUAGUUUUCAUAAUGACAAUGUUACCUGCAAAAGUGACCUCAGCUUCAGAUUUAGACAAAUUAAAGGCCAUAUUGUAGCAAAUGGUUUUCUUUGGGUCAUGUAUGUCAUGGGGUUUUUUUUAAAGCCGUUUUUUGAGGUAAUUUUUCUUUUAUGUGGGUGAGUUUUUGUGUACACCACAUUGCAGGUCUUUAAAGUAGAAUACCAUAAAUUAUAGGAAUAGUUUGAUAUUUGGGAAAUAUGCUUAUUCCCUUUCUUCCAGAGAGUUAAGAUGAUAAGGAUAAGAUUGAAACCACUCUCAGCACCUCUAAAGCUCAGCUAAUUUACCUUGUUUGUUUAGUCUGUACAGAAACCAGAAAAAAAAAAAGUGUAGUUGUACACACAGAGGUGCUGGUAGCCAGAUUUUGUUACCUUUGGACAGAGCCAAGCUAGCUGGUUCCCUCUGUUUCCAGUCUCUGUGUUAAGCUAAGCUAACCAGCUGCUGGCGAUGGCUUCAUAUUUACUGUACAAACGUGAGAGUGGUAUAGAUCUUUUCCUCUAACUCUUGGCAAAAAAGCGAAGCAAGGCAGAAUUCCCAAAAUGUCAAACUAUUCAUUUAAGGCAUUGCAGGUCUUCAUUCUCAAUUUCAAAUUUCUGUUAAUGACAUUUAUUUCCCGAGUACUAUCAUAUCUGUGUCAGUAUAUAACUAAUAUUCAGUAACAAUAUAUGAUUACAUAUUUUAAAGUGAUGCUUGAAAAGGCACAUGUACACACCAUCGUUUCCAUGGUUGUCUCCACUAUGCUAAUGCUGUGUCAGGCACGCCACACAAACCACCACAACCUGGCAAUAAUUUGGCGACCUAUGGUGAAUGAUUUAAAAUACACUUAUUGUCACUGCAAGAUUGGUUAAUUAUGUUUAUCAGACAUGUACUUUGCAUGCUUCCAAAUCCAAUCCUAUUAGUAUCUCAAAUACAAUCAUAUCUAAUCCAGUACAAUCUUAUUAUUACCUCAUAUCAAUUCAGUCACAAGAGAACGUCAGAUGGGUGUGAAAUAAGAGAAAACAUCAGAACAAGAUCUUCAACUGCUUCCCCUGUUUCCUGUUUCCUUGUGGAAACAGUUUGACUGUAGCAUUACAAGGGACAAGGACCCACUUGCAACGCAAUUUCCAAGUGUGCGAGUGACCUCACCUUCCAUCUGAAUGGAUGCCAUACUGUAGCUUUCUAAUGUUUUCUAGGAUUAUGGCGUUGUUUUUGUAUGCCUCAUUUAAGUUUUGUUUUUGAAUGGUGUUAUUCCAGAGAAUUAGGAUCACUUGACCGAGCACUGUGUGAGGCCUUUUAAACCAAAUUAUUUGUGAAAUGGAAAUGUCACACAAAGAUAAACUAUUUUAAUUCCAAAGACACAACAACAUUACACAGGUACAUAGAAUCAUUUUUUCGAGGGUAUGUUCAAAAAUAGUCUAAAAAUAUAAGAGCUUCAUUAAAACAAUAGUAACAGAAACAUAUACAUAUUACUAACAGAAAACCUAAAAGGUAUUCCAUCUAUGCUUUACAAUACCUUGAUGGUUCCAAUUCAAAACAAGCAAAUCUGGAAAAUUAUAUUUUUUAUAACCGUAUCUUAAUCUGGCAGGUCAGUCCAAAGUAAGAAACACUUUUUUUUGCCAUGAAGUGCAUUAUUCCACAAGCUGCAGGACUGUAACAUGAACUGAACUGUCCAUGCUGGUUUGUACAAUUUUAUUUGUAGCAUCUCCACCUGUAUACUCACUGUGCUUCAGUUAUUGUUCCUUAAUGUGACUGUAAAAUAUGUUGUAAUUAUCUGAGUGUUGCUUUUUCCAAGAUGAGUUCAUUCCACCUUGGCUUGCAAUAAACUGAUCCAUGGAGGCUA